AUGGAUGGUAUCAGACGACGAUCGAAUAUUUGUGGAAUUACUGGUUUGAGUGCGCAUCAAAAAGUAAUCUUGACGACAAUGUGGAGACAAUUACCACGUAGUUUAGUAUUUGAUCUCGGAAAACGUGUCUUUCAAAUAAUCUUUGAACGGGAUCCAAAGUUAUUGAUAGUAGUUAAUUUAGAACAUCUUCAAAAUACUGACCAGUGGCAAGAACAUGUAAACUUCCGAACGCAUGCUCAAGUGAACUUUUGA